AUGGAUCGCAUCGAGCCCGUCGAGGACUCGAAUGCUGCGGCAUCGGAAUCGCAAACCACCGAGCCGUUUCCUGAACAGCCUUCGGAUUCUGCGCAGCCUCCACAGAGGCCGCCACUGGCAACUGUCCGCACUCGCGAAAAUUCAAAUCGAGCGCGUCGUCCAAGUAUCAGGCUUUCACGCUUAUCAUCCAUCGGCUCCUUGAAUACCGUCAACUCGCAGGAUCAGCCGGAUUUUCAACCCGGACCCUCCGUCUCCCGCCAACCAACCAUACAAUCUCCCGUUGCUGAAGAAGAUGAGUCCCUGCACGGUGGCCGACGACGCAGCAGCUCCGAGCCGCGCCCGGGGCGAUGGUCGUCCCCUGCCCCGAACGUCCUAUCGCACGUGGCAACUCCCAUCCGGAUGAUGCCCCUUUCGGAAGAGUCGUCCCAUCAGAGCCCGCGACCACUUACUCCUCAGAGGGGUGCGUCUGAACAGCAUGCUCCGGAGCAUAUUGAGCCGCCCCCUCCGGUGCUGGAACGACCGGGUUCCCGAAACUUACUGCGGCGAACGAGUCAAGCAGCGCUCAACCGCUUCUCCCGUAACCGGGCAUCAACCGUGUCAGGAGUGGCUCCGACGCUGGCCAUGCACGAACAACAACGCAGGAGCGAAUACGCUCCUCAAGUUGUGGACGUACUGGAUGUUAUUGAUCCCGAGAUUUCCGCGCUGUCGACUCUCACAAAUGUCCAGAACUCACUAUUCAUACCCAAUCUCGGUGGCUGGGUGAACCGCAUGCCCACCUACCAGCUCACGCGACACCCUCCUUCAGAUGAAGAGCAGGGGACCAUAACCGAGGAAGGGGAAAUGUCAGAGGACAGCAAGCUCCAGGAACGGCCGACGCUGGAACAGCUUCGUCCGUUUUCCAGUAUGUCUUCUGUACUGCCUGGACCUCGUUACGCUGUUCUGCCUGAAGGUCACGAGCUCGAGGGAUGGACUCGGGAAGACUUUAUGGAGCUGAACGACCACGUUCGGCACAUGCUUCAUUCCCGUCGCUCUAAGUUUAAGCGGUCGAUGAAAGGAUUUGGACAAUAUGUCCGGAAGCCACUGGGAUUCCUUGUCACCCUUUACGCAACUCUAAUCACCCUAUUUGGUCUUGCAUGGGUGCUUUUCUUGAUCGGCUGGAUCAAUGUCGGCGGAAAGCAGCUUUACGUCAUUAACAUCAUCGACAACGUUUUGGUCGGACUUUUCGCCAUCAUGGGUGAUGGUUUGGCUCCCUUCCGGGCCGUUGAUACCUACCAUAUGACCUUCAUCGCGCAUUACACAUUUUUGACUUGGAAGAUCCGUCGCAAGAGGGCGCUUCCCGACCUCAAGGACAAGAACGAUAUCCCCCAACAGAAAGAAAAGGACGUGGAUGUCGAGUUCGGGGACACGCCCAAAGAAGACGAGUUCGAGUACUCCGUUCUUAAUCCUCACCAGCAGCUGCGCUUGAUCCACCAUCAGAACAAAUUCUCCAAGUCCCACACUUUCUAUAAGCCCCACGAGACCGUGACCCACCGUGCUUUCCCGAUGCAAUUGCUUAUCGCCAUCGUUGUUAUCCUCGACUGUCAUUCCAUUCUCCAGAUUGCCCUGGGUGCUUGCACAUGGAGUAUGGAAAGACCGGGACAGCGGCCGUUUGCUCUGACCACCGUCAUCCUUUGCUGCUCAAUCACCUGCAAUAUUACGGGUGGUGUGAUGAUCAUGAUCGGUGACCGGCGAACACGAAAGAAGGAUGUUGUGGAGCGCCUCUUCCGGCAACAGCUGACUGAAGAGGCCAUGAAGAAGAUGGAGAAGAAGAAGGUCAAGGAAGAGCGCCGCAGUAUGCAGGUGGACCGCCCAGAGCCGUUCCCUGGUACUUAA